AUGUCUCUGGAAGUCAUCACCACAAUCUCCCCAAACACAAACGAGCCCAUCCUCACCAGGAAUGGCGCCUCUCAAGCUGACCUCGAGUCUCUCCCCAAGGUCGCCACUGAGGCUUUCCAGAGCUAUCGCAAGACAACGUUGAAGGAGCGUCAAGCUAUUGUUCGCAAGUUCCUCGAUGGCCUCUUGGCUAAGAAGGAUGAGCUCGGCGAAGAGUUGACUGUUCAGAUGGGCCGCCCCAUCUCUUACACACCGGGCGAGGUCGCCACAGCUGUCAAGAGAGGUGAAUAUCUCCUCAAGAUUAGUGAUGAGGCCCUCAAGGACACCGACGGCGAGCCCGAAAAGGGCUUCAAGCGUUUCAUCCGAAAGGUCCCUGUCGGACCUGUACUCAUCAUCUUUGCGUGGAACUACCCUUACCUUAUUCUGGUCAACUCUCUCAUUCCCGCUCUUCUUGCAGGCUGCAGUGUAAUCCUCAAGCCCUCACCUCAGACACCUACCAUCGUGGAACGGGUUACCGAUCUCCUAAAGGAGGCGGGCUUGCCUGAUGGCGUUUGCCAGUACUUCCACUGCGGCUCUCCCACUCUUAUGGAGACCAUCGUGCGCGAUCCCAAGAUCGCCCUAGUUUGUUUCACCGGCUCUGUCGCCGGAGGUCUCGCUGUGCAACAAGCUGCGUCUGACCGCAUUGUAAAUGUCGGUCUGGAGUUGGGUGGCAAGGACCCAGCAUAUGUUCGAUCAGAUGUCGAUGUUGAUUGGGCUGCUGCAGAGAUUGUUGACGGUGCCAUCUUCAACUCUGGCCAGAGCUGCUGCUCUAUCGAGCGUGUGUAUGUUGAUGAGGAGAUUCACGAUCAGUUUGUUGAGGCUGUGCAAAAGGUGCUCAAGAGCUACAAGCUCGGUGAUCCCUUUAACAAGGAGACUCAAUUGGGACCUGUCGUUUCGAAGCGAUCAAAGCAGACUGCCGAGGAACAUGUCAAGGACGCCGUCGACAGCGGUGCCAAGGAUGCCACUCCCGAGAACGAGACUUUCAGCAACCCUCCUACCAAGGGUAACUUUGUGAAACCCACCCUUCUGACUGGCGUCAACCAUAGCAUGCGGGUCAUGACUGAGGAGUCGUUUGCCCCAAUUAUUCCUGUUAUGAAGGUCAAGAAUGACAGCGAGGCCGUCAAGUACAUGAACGACAGCGAGUUUGGUCUGACAGCCAGCAUCUGGACCAGGGACACAGACAGAGGAUACGAGCUUGCCGAGGAUGUGGAAGCCGGCACUGUAUUUGUCAACAGAUGCGAUUAUCCGGCACCGGAUCUGGCAUGGACUGGCUGGAAGAACUCGGGCAAGGGACAGACACUUAGCAAGUUUGGAUUUGAUCAGUUUGUGAAGCUCAAGAGCUACCACCUGAAGGACUACCCAAACUAA